AUCUAAUUUGAAUGUAAUAGCAUAGAAGACUAUUACCAAACAAAUAUGACAUAAAUUAUUGUCCAAUAAACUGACAGUUAAAUCUGGAUUUGCAAUGAUAAUUUAAAUUCCUUUUAAAAUAACAAUUUCAGAUGAUAUGUGAUGCUAAGUAUAGGAUCCUAAACUGUGUGGCGAAAUGGCCAGGAAGCGUACAUGACAGUAGGAUAUUUAGAGACAGCCGUAUCUCUGUUGCCUUUGACAAUGAUAGACAAUACAAAGGUUUCCUUCUUGGUGACUCAGGAUACCCCUGCAAGCCCUAUCUUAUGACGCCAUAUCCUGUUCCCUCUACUCCAGCAGAAGUCAAAUUCAACAACUGCCAUGCUAAAACAAGAGUUCUCAUUGAACAGACUUUUGGAAUUCUUAAGAAACGAUUUUCAUGUUUGUCCACUGGCCUACGCACAACUCCAGACAAGGCAUGUAGUAUCACUUUGGCCUGUGCAGUCUUGCACAACAUUGGUAUUGAAAGAAAUGAUAUCUUAGAUGUAGACGAAUUAUUUGUAAACCAGGAGGAUGUUAGUUUUGAUGUUGGGGAUCAAAGAGAUGGCAAACAUGUUAGGGAUUAUAUUUGUCAGGCAUUUUUUUCUUGAAAUAAAACAGGUUAUCUAUUACUAAUACUAAAGGUUUGGACGGUAUACAGAAAAAAAGAUAGAAUCAUUUUUUCUUCUUAAAUGAUGACUAUUAAAAGGGCAUGGACACGGUUUUGGUUGAAAAUUUUCAAA